GGGGAAGUGGGGAGGGAAUUGUUGAUCUUGUCCAUGGUUGCACUAGUGCAUAGAUGCUUUGUUCAUAUUCAAGGAUUCCACUACUUGCUAGGAACUGAAACAUCUAUGGCAUGAAGUAAUUAGUCAGAUUACUGAUGAUUUAUUGCUUAUUCGGUGCCAGACACUGUGUUAAGUGCCUUAUAUGCAUUAUUUAUUUUAUUCUUCAUAGUCACACUACUGGUGUAUCCCAUUUUACAGAUGAGGAAUCAGGCUCAGAAAUGUUAUGUAAUUUUCCUGAGGUCCUAUAGCUAGUAGUUGGUGGGCCUAUGACUUUAAUCCAAAUCUAUUUGGCAGCAAAAUUUAGUCUUAACCACUAAAUUAAAUUGACACCUGUGUGUUGGAGCAAGUCAUUUAGUUAGUGCAGAAAUUCUUAACCCUGGCCACACCUUAGAAAUCCACAUGAGUUUUAAAAAACAAAACGUAGUCUCUGGACCCCACCGCUUAAACUGGUCUGGAAUGGGGCCUAGGCUUCAGGAUUUUGUAAGCUCUCCAGGUGAUUCUAGAGUUCAUCCAGGGGUGAGAACCACUGAGCUAGUGAAUUAGAAUUUACAUCUUAAUAUGGCCUUAUUUAAAUUAAUUUUAGAGGGAGGAAUAAAUUAUACGCUAUGGUGGUUUUUGGGAAUUGGUGGAUUCUCUAAGUCCCAUCAUAUAUCCUUCAUAAAUAUUGAGGCUCUGGUAUUCCUGUGGAUAUGAAUUUAGUCUUAGUGAACUAAAUGAACUAUAAUUUUGAGUUUAUCAGCAAGGGUGCCAAAUGCAAUAGAAUUGUGUCUAUAGGAAGGGUGUAUGGAAGAUAGGGAGGUGUUUAGUUUGCUAUCUUUAUACACGGAUAGCUGGUGAUUCAUUUAAUAGCUCAUUGGUUGCCAUUCUUUAUGUUCUGUUACUGUCUACUUCAUCUUAUGUCAGAGGAAUUAUAAAAUUAGUAGAGAUUUUUGCCUUAAAAAUUGAUGUCUGUUCAUAAACAUGGACUUAAUACAGAUUAUAGACUAUCGAGAAAGAAGGUGGAAGUAUUGUUCUUGUGGAAGUAUCAUUCUUUUGCAAGUGUGGAAAGCUUUCUAAGAAGUCCACGAAUAUGAAUUUCAACCGUAUGUCAAAUGGUCAGGUGUUCAGAUCAUUGAGACUGAAACUGAAUAGCACCAUCAUAAGAUGUAAAUUCUGGGAUACAACAAUAAAUCUCAAAUCUUACUAAACAUUUUUCAUAAUUGUAUUACGUUUUAGUAGUCAGAUUUUGAAAGUUUGAAGUUUUAGUGUAGGAAAAUACUUUGUCAACACUGUCAGCUGCUAGACUGCUCCUGUGGGCACUCUUACAUAUACAUGAUAUCGAAUAGACACCCAUCUUCAGCUGGCACAGUUAAUCCCAUCAGUAACGUUUUUGGACAGAGCAGAAUGUAAUUCAGAAAUAUUUUCGGUAGGUUAUUUUUAGAAGGAACCUUGUACCUGGGAUUCAUAGCUUGGGCAAGCCUCAGAUAUCCUUUGUCUUCAGCUACUUAAAAUUAAUGGCAACCUAUAGUGAUAUUUUGACAAGUUUUUUGUUUAAAUUUUUAGCAUCCAUAGACUCAAAACGAUAAGGCAUUAUCUUCUUAAAGCACUUUUGUAGUCUGUUCUGAAAUUUGAUUAGUGAGUAUAAAAUAUGUUUUGGGUGUUUCAUUUUUUUCUUAACAUUUUGUUUUCUCCAUACUCUGUAGUCUUUAUUAUUGUCUUGAAGAUGAUUUCUCAUAGAUGCUGUUUACUGUGGUUUUGGAAUUUUUUUGCCUCAAAAAAUUGCUGUGACAGAGUUGGCAUUUUUUUAAUUCAUCCUCACAAGAUGUGGAGUAUUACCAAAUAUGACUUUAUAUUGAAAGACUACAAAUUAAAUGCAGUUCUUAAAGGUUAUUUAAUUUGUAAUAAAUGCUGCAAAACAAUUCCAUAAAGUUAGAAUUAGGAUAUAAUCUAAUUUCUGUUAUUAAGCCAUGAGUUAUUUAAAUUUUUUAAAUAUUUGGCUCAAAUAGCAUAUAUAGUUAUUUAUAAAGCUAAUCUAGCUAAUAUGCUCUCUUCAUAUUCAUAUGAUUAGUUAAUAUAUUUAACUGUUUGGAAGUUCUUAAUUGUUUUUUGAACAUAAAAAUCAUUUAACUGAAGUGUUUACUGUUACAAUAGUAAGUACACAUUUAUACUUAAACUGAUAGAAUUUCAGUUUGUAAAGCUCAAAAAGAGAUUUUCGCUUGAAUGUUACAUCUAGAAUGUUUUUACCUUUAUUUGAAAGUGAAUAUUCAGAUGUUAUUAGCAGUUCAAAAUGCAUGUCUUGUUCACAUUGCAGAUGUCGUGUAGAUUAGGUAUAGUGGUAACUACAUGAACUAUGUAUUUAUUGGUCACACACACAAGUUCAAGUAUGCUAGAAAUGGUGCUGAAGUAGACAGUUGGCUGUUCAGCCUUCUGAAGACCAGGGCCAAAGCCAGAAAGCAGAUUUUGGCCAAGCAUAGAGCUGAAACCAAACUGUGGUAAAUUCCUACUUUCUAUGCUUGUUGAGAUCAUACAAAGUAUUCUCUUUGAUCAAAUAUGAUUAUCAGUUGUGGAGUUUAAACUUUGUUCAAAGUUCUUCAUGAAUUAGGAAGUAUCUUUUAUAUAGUGACUAACACCUCCCUCCCCACAGUAAAAUCUGAUCCUUAAUGUAAAAUAAUAGGAAGAUUAGAAAGAUUACUGAAAUUAACGUGCCUCUUCUACAUGUGGACUAUGCCAGAUACUCUAAGUAGUAUUAAAAGACUUUAUCUAGGCGUUGGAGCACUUCCUUUUGAUAGGGAGACAAUAAUUGAAAGACAGUAUAUGGUUAAAUGUGUUCAGACACCAUUCUAAGUGCUUUACAUGUAUUAUCUCAAUCUCAUUUAAUCUUCAUAACAGGCUAGGAGUUUGGUCUUUUUCUUAUCCCUAUUUUAAACUGUAAAUUAAGUUAAAUGAUUUACCUAAGGUCACACAGCUAGUAAGUUGUGGAGGCAGGAUGUGAAUUUAGGCAGUCUAAAAAUCUGUUGCUUCUCUUAUGAGACGAGUUCAAAGAUGGAGCCCAAGUUUUGUGGUGCGAUGGAAGAAGGAAAGGAUACACCAGGGGUUUGCAUGAUUAGGAGUGAGGUGCAUCAGGAGUGAGAUCCAGUUUAUUUAAAACUGGAUGUAUUUGGCAGCUCUUCACCUGUCAUGAGUGAAAAAGUGACCUUCCUUCCUCAUCUAUGGUGCUGUUUGCCUUUAGAAGAUGAUAUGAAAACUCCACCUGUGUUGAAUUCCCUCCAAAAUUCAGUUCUGGUAGUGGCACCAAUGAAGAACCUUUGGAGUCUUUAACACAUGUACUGGAACUGGCAUAAGCCCCUCCAUACAAGAUAAUGGCCCAACAAACGAAUAUCGGGGAGCUCCUCUCCAUGCUGGACUCCUCCAAGCUGGGUGUGCGAGAUGAGAUAACAGCUGUCUUUAAAGAGAACCUCAAUUCCGACCGAGGUCCUAUGCUUGUAAACACAUUGGUGGAUUAUUACCUGGAAACCAAUUCACAGCCAGUAUUGCACAUCCUGACAACAUUGCAAGAGCCACAUGAUAAGCACCUCUUGGACAAGAUUAACGAACAUGUGGGCAAAGCCACCACUCGUUUAUCCAUCCUCUCUCUCUUGGGGCAUGUGAUACGACUGCAGCCAUCAUGGAAGCACAAGCUCUCUCAAGCACCUCUUUUGCCUUCUUUACUAAAAUGUCUCAAGACUGACACCGAUGUAGUAGUCCUCACAACAGGGGUUUUAGUGUUGAUAACCAUGCUACCAAUGAUUCCACAGUCCGGGAAACAGCACCUUCAUGACUUCUUUGAUAUUUUUGGCCGUCUUUCAUCCUGGUGCCUGAAGAAGCCAGGCCAUGUGACAGAAAUCUAUCUUGUCCAUCUCCAUGCCAGUGUUUAUGCUUUCUUUCAUCGCCUUUAUGGAAUGUACCCUUGCAACUUUGUCUCCUUUCUACGUUCUCACUACAGUAUGAAGGAAAACUUGGAGACCUUUGAAGAAGUGGUCAAGCCAAUGAUGGAGCAUGUGCGAAUUCAUCCGGAAUUAGUGACUGGAUCCAAGGACCAUGAACUGGACCCUCGAAGGUGGAAGAGAUUAGAAACUCAUGAUGUUGUAAUAGAGUGUGCCAAAAUCUCCCUGGACCCUACAGAAGCCUCAUGUGAAGAUGGCUAUUCUGUGUCUCACCAAAUCUCAGCACGCUUUCCUCAUCGUUCAGCUGAUGUCACCACCAGCCCUUAUGUUGACACACAAAAUAGCUAUGGGAGUGCUACUUCUACCCCUUACUCCACUUCUCGGCUGACGUUAAAUACGCCAGGGCAGCUACCUCAGACUCUGAGUUCCCCAUCAACACGGCUGUUAACUGAGCCGCCACAAGCUACUCCUUGGAGCCCAUCUAUGGUUUGUGGUAUGACCACUCCUCCAACUUCUCCUGGAAAUGUCCCACCUGAGUUGUUACACCCUUACAGUAAAGUCUUUGGUACAACUGCAGGUGGAAAAGGAACCCCUCUGGGAACCCCAGCCACCUCUCCUCCUCCAGCCCCACUCUGCCAUUCGGAUGACUACGUGCACAUUUCACUCCCGCAGGCCACAGCCACACCCCUCAAGAGGGAAGAGAGAACAGAUUCUGCAAGGCCAUGUCUACACAGACAGCACCAUCUUCCUAAUGACAGAGGAUUAGAAGAGAUACCUGGCAGCAAAGGUUCUGUCACUCUAAGUGAUCUUCCAGGGUUUUUAGGUGAUCUGGCCUCUGAAGAAGAUAGUGUUGAAAAAGAUAAAGAAGAAGCUGCAAUAUCUAAAGAACUUUCUGAGAUCACUACAACAGAUGCUGAGCCUGUGGUUCCCCGAGGUGGGUUUGACUCGCCUUUCUACCGAGACAGUCUCCCAGGUUCUCAGCGGAAGACCCAUUCAGCAGCCUCUAGUACGCAAAGUGUUAAUGUGAACCCUGAGCCUUUAAACUCCUCCCUGGACAAGCUUGGGCCUGACACACCAAAGCAAACCUUUACUCCCAUAGACCUGCCCUGUGGAGGUACUGAUGAAAGUCCUGUUGGGACCAGGGAACGCCAGACUUCUUUGGAGACGAGUAUCCUCACUCCCAGCCCUUGUAAAAUUCCACCUCAGAGGGGAUUGGGGUUUGGAAGUGGACAGCCUCCCCCAUAUGAUCAUCUUUUUGAGGUGGCAUUGCCAAAGACUGCCCAUCAGUUUGUCAGCAAGAAGACCGAGGAACUAUUAAAAAAAGCAAAAGGAAAUGCAGAGGAAGAUUACGUGCCCUCUACCUCCCCAAUGGAAGUACUGGAUAGACUGAUACAGCAGGGAGCAGAUGCACACACCAAGGAGCUUAACAAGUUGUCUUUACCCAGCAAGUCUGUCGACUGGACCCACUUUGGAGGCUCUCCUCCCUCAGAUGAAAUCCACACCCUCCGUAACCAGCUGCUUUUACUGCACAACCAGUUACUCUAUGAGCGUUUUAAGAGGCAGCAGCACGCUGUCCGGAAUAGGCGGCUCCUCCGUAAGGUGAUCCGUGCGGCAGCUCUGGAGGAACACAAUGCUGCUAUGAAAGAUCAGUUGAAGUUACAAGAGAAGGACAUCCAGAUAUGGAAGGUUAGUCUGCAAAAAGAACAAGCCAGAUACAGUCAGCUUCAGGAGCAGCGUGAUACUGUGGUAGCCCAGCUCCAUAGCCAGAUCAGACAACUGCAACAUGACCGAGAAGAAUUCUACAACCAGAGCCAGGAAUUACAGACAAAGCUGGAGGACUGCAGGAACAUGAUUGCAGAGCUGCGGAUAGAAUUAAAGAAAGCCAACAACAAGGUGUGUCACACCGAGCUGCUGCUCAGUCAGGUUUCUCAAAAGCUCUCAAAUAGUGAGUCGGUCCAACAGCAGAUGGAGUUCUUGAACAGGCAGCUAUUAGUUCUUGGGGAGGUCAACGAGCUAUACUUGGAACAACUGCAGAACAAGCAUGCAGACACCACAAAGGAGGUAGAAAUGAUGAAAGCUGCUUAUCGGAAAGAACUAGAAAAAAAUAGAAGUCACGUUCUCCAGCAGACUCAGAGACUCGAUGCCUCUCAGAAACGGAUUUUGGAACUGGAAUCUCAUCUGGCCAAGAAAGACCACCUUCUUUUGGAACAGAAGAAGUACCUAGAGGAUGUCAAACUCCAGGCAAGAGAACAGCUGAAGGCUGCAGAGAGCAGGUAUGAGGCUCAGAAAAGGAUUACCCAAGUAUUUGAAUUGGAGAUCUUAGAUUUAUAUGGCAGGUUGGAGAAAGAUGGCCUUCUGAAAAAACUUGAAGAAGAAAAAACAGAAGCAGCUGAAGCAGCAGAAGAAAGGCUUGACUGUUGUAAUGAUGGCUGCUCAGAUUCAGUAGUAGGGAACAAUGAAGAGACAUACGGCCACAACGGUGAGACCAAGAUCCCCAGACCUGGCAGUAGUGGAAGUAGAGGAGGCGGAGGAAGCAGCAGCAGCAGCAGUGAGAUUUCUACUCCAGAGAAACCUCCAAACCAGAGGGCAGGCCCAUUCAGCAUUCGGUGGGAAACUGCCAUGGGAGAGCCCUCUACCAGCAUCCCUAUGACUGUUGGCUCACUUCCCAGUUCAAAAAGCUUUCUGGGCAUGAAGGCUCGAGAGUUAUUUCGUAAUAAGAGUGAGAGCCAGUGUGAUGAGGACGGCAUGACCAUCAGUAGCCUUUCAGAGACCCUAAAGACAGAACUGGGCAAAGACUCAGGCGUGGAAGCCAAGACUCCCCUGAACCUAGAUGGCCCGCACCCAUCUCCCCCAAACCUGGACAGUGUUGGACAGCUUCAUAUCAUGGACUAUAAUGAGACUCAUCAUGAACACAGCUAAGGAUGAUGGUCGAUCAGUGUUAACUUUCAUAUGUUGGCAUAGAACAGGAAGUGUGAAUGCACGUUUCAAAGCUUUCCUAUUUCCAGGGUCUGAGUGGCUAGCUCAUGCAGUGGAAAUGAGAUGGGGGUCCUUUUGACAAUUGACUGAAUGCAGAACGUUUUUUGGAUCUGGCAUUGAAAUGCCUCUUAACCUUUCCCUUGACCCACCCCCAAACCUCUCUUUUAUACCUAGCAGUGUACUAAUCCAAGGGCCAGUUUGCAUUCCUCAGUAGCUUUAAUUCCUUCCUUUUCCCCCAGAUGGUUGCGUCCUUUGAACCUGUGCAAUAUGAGGCCAAAUUCAGUCUUUGAGUCUAACACACCACUUUCUGCUUUCCUGAAGCUCAGAUAACUUGGUUAGCUCUCGGUUAGACCAGGUAGUUGGUGGUAUUGCAGGUAAGCCUGGUUUUGUUCCUUUCCCGGAGGUAGUCUACAAAGCUGAUCUUCCCAUGAAAGCUUUUACAUGAGACUUUUCCACUGCUUUUUGGUUCUGAAGUUCAGCAUCUAAAGCAGCACAUCUAGAAAAACAAUGGUUUAUUCACCCUUACGUUCUUUUGGCGGUUCUGAUAAGCUUCCUAGAAAGCUUUGUGUGAACAGAUGUCUGCUGUUUCACAGAUCCAGAGCUGGCACUGUGGAGACCAUAUUUACUUACCCUUUGGGAAAGCUCUGUUCUCCCUGCCCCCACUACCUCUUAUUUAUUUGGUGUUUGCUUGAAAGCUGGUACUGUUCUGACCACCGGCUGGCAGUAUAGGUGGAUGAAACCUGCUCUCUGCAGGAGGGAGGGAGUGGUAAUUGAAAAGUUACCCUGGAAGCACUUGUGUAAGAGUAACUGCAUCUCCGAGCAGGUCUUGUGUUAGCUGAGCCUUUUGGCUAAACUCCUGUUUCCCUCCCUUUGUGUUCAUACUCGCCUCUUGUUUAUGUCAGCUUCUUGGCUAACACUGCAGCAGAAAGGCUUGGAAGUUCCAAAGAAUUUCUUCAGUGUUUUAUGUGACCAUUGUUUCUCAGGCUGUUAGAGUUGCCUCACUGUAGUAGGUUCUAAGCCACCAAAAAGGUAACAGCUUUUUCGCACCAAUUCAAACUUUCAGGGGCCUACUAUCCAGGGAGCUUAUUGCUGUUAAACUCCUAUGUGUUAGUAAUGGCAGAGCAUUUUAAAGGGAAGUCUGGGAAAAUGCUGACAAAGGCUGACUGCUGUGUGCCCACUGGGGUGCCCACACACGCUCAGGAGACACCAGUCAGAACACUGACGGCAGAGAACCCAAAUCCAACAAAUGCUCCUGAAAUAAAUGCUAGAAGCCUAAGAAUUGUUGCCUGGUAUUCCAGCUGAGGUAAGAAGAGACUUGAUAGAGAAGAGCUAGUGAACUGGGUUUUCCUUUUUCUGUUCUUCCAGUAAAAAGAAUAGAAGGGGUCGGCCAUGAAGAGGUCAAAGACAAAUUGUAAUGGUACGAAAUCUUACUGCAUACAGACGCUUCCAGCAUAUGAGGGUAAAAGUCUUUUUUUUUUUUUUAAAGUGUGGCAAUAAAUAUUCUCGGAUCCCUAACCAAAGGGAGCUAGACAACUAGGGACUCCAUAUCACCAUGACUAUACUGGCAGACCUUCUGGGGAUGGAUUUUUGGGUGUGACUGAGUGAUUCCCAGCCUAUGGGAGGGAAUGUACCUGGCUUCUGUCAGCCCAGCACAGGGGCAGGAACUACCACUAGAUGGCCCAGUGUGAAGUAGUAACGAUGCCACACGUUUAAGUCAACUUUGUCCAAAGGAAAGCUUAAAAUCCAAUAUGUGUAGCUUUCUAGUUCAGUUUUAGAAAAGAAGAACACGAACAAAUUCAGAAAGAAAAAAUGUUACAGGAUAACUAUUGAAGCUGGCUUUAAAUGCUUUCUCCAUCCCCAAGCACAAGAGAAAUGUGCCACAGAACAAAGAUACUAGGCACUAAGUCAAACUUUUCCCCUGACUAACUGGCAAGGAAAGGAGGCCAGUGUAAGAAAAAAAAUAAUCUUUCAGGUGGGCAGACUGUAAAGAUAAUAAGGAAGAAAGGAGGCAGCACAGUAAGAUGGAGUGGGGGCUAGGCUGGAAGCCUCUUGGCAGGGCUCUGUGCUUUAAGACCUUGGCGUGUCCCUUCAGCCUAGGCAUCUGUCUGCUCAGCUUUAAGACCUAGGUUAUCUCCACCUCAAGUUCCUUUGAGUUCUAGGAAUCCAUGGGUUUUAUUCAACUGAGGUUGGGGAAUUUACACCUGGAGUCAUGUUGAAGCUAGUCAACCUAAAAAUUUGGGCUUUAUGUGGUGAAGGACUCAAUAGUAAGGUUUUGUUUUGAUUUGUCUUGAAAGUGAUAAACCUGCCAAGAAUCAGUGGAUCACUUGAUCAUGCUACAGCAGGUAUUGUUAAGGAUGGAAAGGUGAUGUUAGCCGAACUUCUGAGAGACAGUGCAGGACUGGGAAGAGGCAGGGCAGAGGUAUUAGGACAAUUAGCACAGAUCCUGUCUUGAAUCUGAUUAAGCAGUAUGGUAUUCGUACGUGUUGGAAUUGGAUAGCCUCCACCCCAAAGUCACCACGAGCAGACUUAACCAUCUGAGCGUUGUUUGGCCGGUGUGCAUAACCUACUCUGAUUCCCACCCUAACACUAACCAGGGUCAGCACAGACCCUGAGAAGAGUGGAGUCUGCUGCUUGUCCAGCACAAAAUUUAUUGAAAAAGGAGCACUACAAUAUUAUUUUGGGAUUGGGAUUGGGGGUGGGGGUGGGAAGCGAGGGGGAAUAGGGACAUGAUAGCAUGGUCUCCAUAGAGAAAGUGAGUUCUGAUUCCACGAGCAGUAAAUGAGCACAUGGAUCUCUAUCAGGUAUAACUUUUAUAGACUAUAAUAAAGCUUCUGACAAGGUUCUGCCGUAAAGACUAUAAAAAAGGUUAUAAUGGGAUUGAAGAGAGAUUCUGGUCAUGAAUAAGAAAACUGACUUAAAACCAAAGGUAGGAGAUAAGGUAUUUUUUGGAUCAAGAGGUUUUAAAAGAUAAAUACUAGAAACCAGCCUUAUUAAAGCAGGUGGGUAUAGAGUGACCUCUGUAGGUGUGUUGACAAUACUUGUUCAGGAGAGAAAACUGCAUAAGCUUUGGGAAUAAGCUGGAGAAGGUUCUUAUGUGGUUCUAUGAGUGGAAAAAGAAAUAAUAAGCUUCUUUGUGAGCCAGAGUAUAUGUGAUGUGUUAGGGGGAAAUAGUCCAAACUAUUCUUGAAAUGUAAGCUGUUACAAUCCAAAAAAAGGUUCUGGAAACCACUGACAGAAAAAAUUCACCCACCAUGCCAGCAAAUCACUGUGCAUGACAAGGACAGCAGGAAACAAAACCCCAGACUCUAGGCCACCCCCACUGGCAACACCACUUGCGGUUUUUGUCAAGAAAGACAAAACUCUAGCAACUGUUUAUAGAAGGAUGAAUAAAAUUAUUAUGGGGAUAAAAGGAUCUCUGUGAGGUAUGCCACAGAGGUUCAGACUAUUAGUUAAAAUUGGGUAUGUGUUUCUGUGUAGAAGAUGUUAACUGAAAUGUGCUACAACUAGCCAAUGUGAAUUUUCACCAAAUACUAGAACAUACCACUUGAAGCCAGAAAGGAAGAACCGAGGAACAAAUGAAAGUACUACGUGAAGGUAUAAGAAUUUUCUGAGAGCACUAAGAGGUGGUACACGCUGACAGUGUGAAUAGGUUUAAGAGGGUUAAAGUGAAGGCUCAGUCCAGGAACUGCAGCAGAGGUGGGGUGCCUCCUACCUUUUGAGGAGACUCCCAGAGAGGCCAGCCCUCUCUUCAUACAGUGGUCCUGGGAAGAAGCAUGGGCCCACCCAGGAGAGUAUGCCUCACUUGGGGAAGAAAGCUGCCCUUUGUGGAAUGAUCUAAGUCAGCACAGCUGACUCGGCUGCGUUUUUCACUCUUCAGGGUACAUGCUUUAAAAUUGACCGGCAGUGAGUACUGAGAAAUGUAUGCAGUCUGAAGAUGUCUGUGUAUCUGUUUACAUCCAGAGUUCUGUGACACAUACCGCACCAACCCAAAACACUGUCAAGUAAUUGAUUGCACUUCAUUAAGCUUAUCUCUAUAGGUAAAAGAACAGGUUUAGGUGGGGACUGGCCUCUAGGCUGCUGCUGUGCCCUGUGUCCCAAUGUGGCUCAUUUCCCUGUCCACUGCCUCACUGAUGUGCCCAGGGGGAGUGGUGUUUCCAUCUUUUCCAUACUGACCUGCAGUCUGUACAUGCUAACCUGAAAGAAGAGUAGCUGUAGCUACAAGGGAAACCUGACUGGGAUAGUUGAGCACCUACACCCACGACCGCUCUUGGCCUUGGAACGAGUUAAUGAAGGCAGAGGAGCUUUCUUCGCCACUUCCCGUAGCAGAAUGCGCCGUGCCGCAUACUCAUCCACUCUCUGGGAUAAAUAGGCUGGUUUAACCAUUGGAAUAGAUUGUUUAGAGGAGACCCCUGAGAGUUUUGACAACCCACAGACCAACCCCUCCCCUCCCUUUCCCCAUCUGAUACAGUGUUUGGAUAGGAGGGUACGGUGCUGCUCUAUGUAGCAAAUAUUUUGGCUUAUCAAAGAGGCAGCCAGGCAUUUUGCAUUAGGAAGAAUCAGUGAUCACUUUUCAGAAGACUUAUGGACCACAAAUAUAUUACGGAGGAACAGAUUUUGCUAAGACAUAAUCUAGUUUUAUAACUCAAUCAUGGAUCAACCAUAUGUAGCUAACUUGCAGUUUAAAGGGAUCCCAUCAAUGAAAAGAAAACAGCUUUUUAAAAACUGACUGCUUUUAGUUGAGAAAGUCAUCUCUUGUUAAACGGUUUAAACUUGCCCACCUUGAUCUUAAAAGCAUGUCAAACAAUCCAUGUCAGAUGCCAUAAAUAUGAACUGCAAGGGAAAAUGGUACAAUCUUAGUGAAUGCGAAUUGGAAUCAAAAGGGUUUGCUGUCCUUCUUAGAAUGUUCUAAAAUGUCAAGGCAGUUGCUUGUGUUUAACUGUGAACAAAUAAAAAUUUAUUGUUUUGCACUACUCUGCUGUGUUGGCAUGAAAUGACUCAGGGCUUUGGGAGCUUACAGGCAAAAGUAGGGGACUAGUCCAAAGGUGUAAAACCCAGGGGUCUGGAUUGGUGAACUUGGGUGGUGGCUUCUGGCUUUAGUCUCUCCAAGACCUUUUUGCUUUGGCAAAUCAUCUGGUAAACAGCCACAACUCCUACCUUUAUCUGCCUCGAAUUCAUGCCCUUUCCUAAAUGGUGGCAUGGUGGUAUGGGAGGAAGUGACUUGAGUCGUCUCUAUCAGAGAAACCCUUAAAACCAGGCAGGCUGCUUGGUUCUGCACUGCCACCACAUUUGCCUUCUGUGCAUGUUUGAGUUUCUAGGGGUUUGUCGUGUUGGUUUUAAUACAGUCCUUUGGAUGAAACCCCACUGACAUUUAAGUUGCCAAGAUUUUAACAACCCUGAGUCUUGCUAGUUACAUUUUGUGAAUGUGCCAAGGGGAAAAAGUGCAGCUACUAGAUACCACCUUACAUACGCUGUUCAAGUGUUUGGAAAGAAGCAGGAAACUACCUCUAAGCAAGUGAGAUCCACCCUGGCCUUAAGACGUCUCAGCUUGGGGAAGUACUGGGAAAGGACCGGUGAUAAAGCACUCUGUGUGCAAGCUCAUCUUCCACUGACUGCUUCUGCCUGGUUGCUCUUGAAAUCAGUAUUGCUGUGCCAUUUUAAUGGCAGAGGCAAGUUCCUCCCAGACCAUUGAGACAAAGACAUGGAGGUGGCAGUUUUUAAUUUGGAAAAUUUGGAUUUUGUCUCUUACUACACAAGGAGUUACUUGCCACCUUAGGAGAAAUGUUUAAAUGCUGGCCUUCUAUAGAUCUUUGGCACGAACCUCUUGGACGAACCUCUUGGACACAAACUCUUUCUGGAGAUGGUAUAUCUCUAUCUGGGGCCCUGGUGGUCAGCAGUUGGACUCUAGCAGCUGCUCCUUGGAAACCCUAUGGGGCAGUUCUACUCUGUCCUGU